AGCUGACUAUAAAGAAUAUAUAAAAUGUAUCUCCUAACUUUGUUCCAUAGGCUAGGAUUACACAAAGUUACAAAUAAAUGAUACAUGCUUGACUGUGUAUCAUAAACCAUAGGUAGACUAUUGGAAUCAUCAAUUUGAAAUCAUUAAGGGUCAACAUGAAUGAUUUCAUGAAUGCUUGAAGUAAAAAUAAACAUGCAAUGUCUGCAUGGAAUAGGGACAGAGAGAGAAAGAGAGAUAGAGAGGCAGAGAGAGACAGAGACAGGGACAGACAGAGAUGGAGAGAGACAAAGAGAGACAGAGACACACACACAGACAGAGAAACAGAGAGAGAAAAAACAUUGCUGAAGGAAAAAGCUGAAGAGUUGAUCCUUGAGAUGUGAAUAUAAAUUGACAAAGUACAGAAUCUUUAUAGGUUACUUUUUAUUAUGUUAAUUAUUUUAGGUCAUGAAAAUAUCACCAAGAAGAAAAUACCCCAACAAUUUGUGAUGAUCACACACAAGAAUCAAUUUUAUAAGAAUAUUACCUCUCUUACAGUACCUUAUAAGUUAACAGGAAAGCAGUCUGACCAGUGAUGCUGGGGACAUCCUACAACCACACAACGGAAUCCCCUGCCACCUUCUUCCUUGUGGGCAUUCCAGGUUUGCACUCUUCCUAUCUUGGGCUGGCCAUCUCAUUUAGUGCCAUGUACAGCAUAGCCCUCUUAGGAAACAGCCUCAUCAUUACUGUCAUCUGCAUGGAUUCCACUCUACAAGAGCCCAUGUACUUCUUUCUCUGUGUUCUGGCUGCUGUGGACAUUGUCAUGGCUUCUUCUGUGGUGCCUAAGAUGGUGAGCAUCUUCAGCUCAGGAGACAGCUCCAUCAGCUUUAAUGCCUGUUUCACUCAGAUGUACUUUGUCCAUGCAGCCACAGCUGUGGAGACAGGGCUGCUCCUGGCCAUGGCUUUUGAUCGCUAUGUGGCCAUCUGCAAGCCCCUACAUUAUAUGAGAAUUCUCACCCCUCAUGUGAUGCUGGGGAUUAGUGUGACUAUCACCACUAGAGCUGUUAUUUUUAUGACUCCAUUGAGUUGGAUGUUGAGUCAUUUGCCUUUCUGUGGCUCCAAUGUAGUUCCACAUUCCUACUGUGAACACAUGGCUGUGGCUAAGUUAACAUGUGCUGACCCCAUGCCCACCAGUCUCUACAGUUUGAUUUUUUCCUCCAUCAUUGUGGGCUCAGAUGUGGCCUUCAUUUCUGCCUCUUAUAUUUUGAUUCUCAGGGCAGUAUUUGGUUUGUCUUCAAAGAAUGCACAGCGGAAGGCGUUGAGUACAUGCGGCUCUCAUGUAGGGGUCAUGGCCCUGUACUAUUUCCCUGGGAUGGCAUCCAUCUAUGUAGCCUGGCUAGGGCAGGACAAAGUUCCUCUGCACACCCAAGUGUUGUUAGCUGACUUGUACCUCAUCAUCCCACCCACCCUUAACCCUAUCAUUUACGGUAUUAGGACCAAGCAGAUCCGGGAGCGGAUAUGGAAUCUGCUGAUGCCUUGCUUCUUUCCCCAGUCCACUCAAGGUUCAUGAACACAAGCUUCUCCUACCUGGAGUUCCAGUCAACUGCCAAGAUAACUUUGAGAUCUAUGGACACGGACUGGUUUACAGGUGUAGAGUGUUUUUGCAUAGCACUUCAACUUCUCACUAGAGUUUGACAGAAGGAUUGUAUUUCCUGGUGUAUUUAUUUAGAACGCUAUCUGAUUGAACUUUGGGCAGAGAAUGUGUUUGUUAUUUUGUUUCUUUUUUUAAAAAAUCUCUAUUCCCAUCUCACAUCAGUCCCUCUGUUGAUGAAAGUUACUCCUUGUCACCUUUUCCUUACUAAAAUUUUCUUGUUCCUCUCCUUGUAUGAUGUUGUGGUAGAAACUAGAUCUUGUUCUCUGACUCACCAAUGAAUACAUUUUAUUUGAUACCUGUGUUUAUUCCUGGAGCACAAACCUCUUCUACCUAAAACAGAUUUUAGUUUAUAUUAUGUAAACUUAAGGUCAAUGGUGUUGGCCCCUUUCUAAUGAAUGAAUUGGAAAAAGAAACCUGAACCACAGUGAAAGAAACCAAGUCAGAACAUGAGUUGAAAAGAAUAAUACUCUGGGUCCAACCCCCUUCAGAUAGCCACACAAUUUCAUAGGGCAGAGACACAUAUAUUUGAUUCUUAAUGAAACUGUAAAUCUUAGUAAGACUAAUUCUCUGAUACUAAAAUUCAAAGUGCUAGGAAAAACUGCAACAGUAAGUUGGUUAAUUGUUCCAAUGAUUAGAAUGAACUGUCUUUCAGCUCUUCUGAUUAGCCUUAGUUUUAAGUCUAUCAAAAAUCAUCAGUAUAGUACUGAUAUAAAGACAGAAAAAUAAUAGAAUAGGGAGCUCAGACCUAAACUCAGGCAUAUUUCGUUAAUAGAUCUGACAUUGGUCAUGGUGUUACGAACACUGGACAGUCAAAUGAAGAACUAUUAGAUGAGACUCUUACCUUACACUAUAUGCAAAGGUUAAUUGAAAGAAAUGUAAAGAACUAGUUGGAAGACUGAAAAAAUCAUGAAACUAGCGAAAACAUUUAACAUUUGCAAAGAUUUCUUGGAUAUGAUGUCCAAAAUCGUAGGCAGCAAAAGUGAAAAAUAGAUGUAACCAUAAGGAACAGAAAUUAUUUUGUGUAACGAAAGACAAAAUAGAACGCAAAGACACCAUACAGGAUGGAAGGAGACAUAUUUGAAUUGUAUAUUUAGUAAGAAUUAUUUACCUAGUAAAUGAUAAAAUCUUGUAAUUCACCACCACCAACAAAAAUGAGAUACUCAAACUGGAACAGACAUUUCUGUAAAGGGUAUGUACAAAUUACCAGCUAACAUAUGUGAAGAUGCUCUUUGUUACUAAUCAUUACAGAGAUUAAAAAUAAAACUACAGUGAGAUAAUACAUUUGUCUUAUAGGUAUGAUCAUGAAAACUCAAACCAACCCUCCCCCCCCAAAAAAAAAAAGUAAAAACCAACUUUGGGUAAAAAUAUGGAUAAACUGGAACCCCUUUGCACUGUUAGUGGAGAUUGUGAUAAUAAAACUGUGGCAAUAGUAUGGGUAAUCUAUGAAAUAUGAAAAACAGGGCUAAUCUGAUACAGCAACCACUUCAGGUACAUCCACAAACAAGGGAAAACAGGCUCUCCAAGUCGUAGUUAUUGUCACUCAACAUUUCAUGGCACCACAUGGAUGUGCAAACUGAAUGAAACCAGUGAAAUGUGUUUUGGUGUAGAAUCUGCAACUUCAUUCUUGGUUUUAGAAGCUUUGUGCACUUCUCUGUAUCUCAAGUUCUUUCAGAGGACUAUGAAAUCAAAUGUGGAAAUCUUAGGAAAACACCAUUAGAGCAGUGGAUCUCAACCUGUGGGUUGUGACCUCUUUAGGGGGUUGAAUGACACUUUCACAGGGGUCACCAAAGGCCAUUGGAAAUAUGAGCUAUUUAGAUUAUGAUUCUGUGGGAGCCCGUUCUCGGGUUCCUCAUGGCUUUACCCAGCAGGUCCGCAUAGAGGAUGAUUAGGACCACGGGCCUGAGUGCAGGUGUCUGAGAUGGUCUGCACUUGGCUGUGCAGGGGGAGGAGGUCUUUUGCUCCACCCCUUGGCGUCUCUAUAAAAACCCUGGGGCAGAGACAGUCAGGGCCCGUUGGAAUAGGUUCCAGGCCCUCUUGAGGCUAUCCUUUAUUUUCUAUCUGUUUAUCUCCGCGAUAUUCUCCAUAAUAAAUCCUUCUAUCUAAUAUUUCCUGCUGCUCGCACUCAAGAAAACUCUGGGGAACUGUGGGGGUGGUUGGGUAAAUGCCCCACAUGAUUCAUAACAGUAGCAAAAUUAUAAUUAUGAAGUAGCAACAAAAAUAAUUUUAUGGUUGGGGGGUCAUCACAACAUGAGGAACUGUAUUAAAGGGUUGCAGUAUUAGGAAGGGUGAGAGCCACUGCCUUAGAGGUUCUGAAACACUGAAGAAUUAAGAAAGCAAUCAGGGCUGGUAUAAUGGCUCAGUGGGUAAAGGCACUUGCUGCCAUGCUUGACAACCUGUGUUCGAUUCCUGGGAGCAACAUGAUGGAAGAAGAGGACUGACUCCUGUGAGUUGUUAUCUGACCUUCACACAUACACUGUGGCAUGGGCAUGCCCACGUAUAUGUACACAAUAAAUAAAUAGAUAAGUAAAUAAAUAAACAAAUGAAAGAAAUGUACUAAGGAAAGAAAUGAAACUUGGACCAUUUGAUUUUCUUUCUAGAUGUACGCUGUACCAUCAGUCUAAUGUUCUGGUAUCUUCUGGGGACUAGAAGACAACAAACACUAUACACUCUCCAGGCUCCUGACUCCCCUCACAGUCUGGAAUGCCCAAGGGACUGUGCAUAGAAGAGAGUCAGUCUCCGGAGGAGUCACAGUGUUUGGCUGCUGGGCAGAGGCCAAGAGCAGUGGUGUCCUGGGAAGAGACAGAUGACAGAGUAUCUCAUGGGAAAGAAAGUCUCCCAGUGGGAGGUGUUUGGAAAGGACAGCACUCAUAGUAACUCCAUUGUCUUUGAUCUCCUGUGGCGCCUGUAUGUUACUGCUUCUCUCGAAUGUCUUAUAUGAAUCUAAAUAUCAUUUGGUGUGAGAAAUGUGGAAUAGUAGGCAUACUUAACCAGAGAAUGAAUGUUAUAAGAGGAAAUCUAUUAUGCCGAUAACUGAAUUAGGAAACAGAGUUUGGACUUAAGAAGUCUUGAGGUUAGGGUCACCUCAGAAACAAGGAUUCAAGUUCUCUAUCCAAGUAAACAAGUAUAAUGUGGCUGGUCAGGUCUGGAGGCAUUAUGGACACCUACAGCUUCCUCUGGAAGUGAUGUGAAGGAUGGCAGAUAUGGGAGAAGGGGUAGGUAUAUAGGGUUACUCUGUUCAAAGCAGAGAAAUGAAAAGGUAAGUGCAACACUGGAAUGGUAAAUACAUAUUUUUAGGGACCCAGACUUGCUUUGAGAAAAACACAUGCCAUGGGGCAGGGUGAGGCUGUGUCUGGGUGUUGACGGAGGCACUUAGGCAGGGAUUCGAGGCUAGCAAAGGCAGCAAGUGAGGCACGCAGUACUGCUUUCAUCUGGACAGCAUGUUAACUCGGAAUCCCUCCAUCCUUUUAUUUGGAAUAACAUAUCAUCUCACAUCCUAUGAUUUACUUAUAGAUGUUACAUGAUUUGGGCUGAAAGAACCAGUGUAAAGCUGGAAAGGUGUCUUGGGAGAUUUGAGCCUCGGCUUUCUGAAAGAAUUCACCCCAACAGAAGCAGUGUAUCUCCAUGUGUUGACAGCAUAACCUCUACACCUUAGAUCUCUGUAUCUUAUAGCGUGUGUUUUCAGUGGCCCAACGAGCUAAUGAAAAAAAAAAAGCAUACAGGAAAUGAUGCUUAAAAAGUUAUUGGAUUCACAACAGAUCUUUAAUGGAGGU